CACGCAAAGCCUCGUGCUCUCCCCACGCGACAUAACCUCUGGGCGGUCUAGGUCGAUACAGAUGCGCACGGACGCAAAAGAAGCAGCGAUGCCAUCGCUUCGGCCGGCAGGAUCCAGAUCUUCACGCAAGCAAAAAGAGUCGAAGGCACCGACCGAAGUUGCCGGGCCGACUUCUACCAACGCACCGAGCCCUGCCCCAUCGACAUCCAAGAAAAGUUCCGAACCAUUGCAAGACGUGGUAACGUGGCUGUCUGUUUUCCGAAAUGUGGUCAUGUUUGUUUGUUAAAAAAGAAAAGAAAAGCGAUAUGUAUAGGGUGUGUGCGGAUAAAAUAGCCCCACGUUUACGCGCGUACCGCUAUCCCUGCUUACCGCAAGAACUUCGACGCAAGGUGGCGCACGACGACGCUAUUAUGCGAUGAACACACACACACAAAAAAAAAAAAAAAACUGCGCGCGACAAAAAGAACAAAGAAAGCCACGUAAACUUAGUUAUCCGUGCAUCCCGAAUUGCCAAUACGGAAGCCAAUAGGUGGUCACGGCACAGUUGCGUCCACCUACCGCUAGGAGUGCCAGAUUUCGUUUCGGUUUCAACACAGGUGGCACCACUAGCGGUAAAGCGACGCAACUGUCAUGUCCCAUUGAAAAUACACCGGGGGCAUGGCGGAGAGCAAUGUUCGCGUGGAUAACAAGCAACAGUUGGGCUGGUUGGUAUAGAGUGCGACAUCAAGAGGGCGACAACCUGUCCAGCCCUGUGUAUUCUCGUGGCUCGUGUAUUUGUUGCUGCUUUAUAGACCUCUACCCGAGAAACGUCAUCAUGACGCUGGUAAGACGGACUGAAACCGAAACAAAUUGGAAGAGGAGGGCUGGGUUCCACGAAUGGACACUUGCUCGCUGCCUCCUAUUGAAAGAAAAGUGCCCACCGACGCGGGGAAGACAGCAACGCCAUCACCUCGCCCGUCCCCACGAAAACAAAAGGAGUCCAAGGCGUCGAGUGCACGUGCCGCUCCUACCAAAGCGCCAAGCCCGUCGACGUUGAAAAGACGUUCGGAGGCGUCGGAGGAUGUGAUGAAGAGGAUGCAACAAAUGUGUGCAACAACCCAAGGAAACCUUGAAACGAAAUCGCUGCCGAAGAAAAGCAACGUCUUCCUGUGGCUCACUGUGGCUGUUGUCCUCGUUGCCGUCGUGCUGGUCGUCUCGACGUACGCGCUUCUUCAGAAAAUGCUGUCGAGACAGUCGGCGCAACCAAUGCUGUGUACCAACGAAGACUGCGUUUCGCACGGCUCUACACUAAAAGCUGCCCUUAGCGACGCUGUGGAACCUUGCGCCGACUUCUACGAGUACGUCUGCAAAGGUUGGCAACCUGUGAACGAGGCUGCUACAACUGUGCAGGAAGAUAUGCUUUGGAGCGCAGUACUUAGAUAUACUAAGCAGUGGAAGAAAGAAACGUCUCUACCAGCGCGUCUGCACAUGACCUGCAUGAACACAUCGAAACCAUUAGAGAGUGAGCGAGGCAAGUUUCUCGAUUUCAUGAGAGCGCUUCGCAUCUCCUGGCCCGACAAGCCUGAAAAAGGCGCAUCGCCCUUCGAUGUGCUCGUCGGCCUUUCUGUUAACUGGAACAUGGGACUGUGGCUUGGUGUUCACGUUAUCCAGCCCGUCGGAUCGCACCGCAUGAUCUACCUGGACAAGGGAACCAUAGGAGAUACUUGGUACGAGAAACAGUCGUCGCUGUCAAAGGAAGGUGUUUAUAACAAUUACGUUGUAGAGUUCCUCACUCUGUUAGGAAAACCUGUGGAAAUUUCGCUCAAUAUAACGCAGCUGCAAAACGACGAAGAUACCGUCUUGCGGAUGCUAUUAUCGGAGACCGAAUUGGAUCAGAGGGAGGCCACAUACCCAAUAUCUAGUAUGGAGUCCGUUACGAGAUCUAUCCCUGUCCAGCUGUGGUUAACAACGUUAAACACGCAUUACCAUCCAACGUUCAAGUUCACCAAAAACGACAUUGUGUACGUUCAAAGCGUAGCGUGGCUGAAAGCGGUUGAUGAGAUCCUGAGAACGAUGCCCAGCGAUCGGCUGAUGAAUGUUAUUGGAUGGACAUUUGUGCAGAAGUAUGCGCUCUUGGCGUUACUGGGAUUUCAUGAGGCGGGAGCCCUCAGAUUCGGCAGCGCCGAAGACUAUGCGAAUACAAAGUUGCUAUUCUGCUUUGAGAACACCCAGAACUCGUACGGCCUAUUGGCAGUUGUGGACUUCCUCAAUAAAAAAUUUGGCAGGCACGAACGCCAGAAGAUCGACGAACUGAUCCAGUCCUUAAAAGGUAGUGCACAACACCUCAUGGCGCACUCCGCCUGGAUUGAUGAGGAAACCAAAUCUGCAGCAAGGAAGAAAGUAUUGAAUGUCGUUACAGACCUGUGGCCCGGAGACGAUGUCCUGGUAUCCCCUCAGGCGCUUGAAGACUAUUACAAGGACUUCCCGCCCAUCAACGCGUCCUUCUUCGACAGUUACUUGGAACUCGUCAAGAAGGUCAGGGCUCUUCGCGGACACAAGCGCUUCCACGAGAUCUACCAGAGGCACUCUAUCUUUACUGCACUUUCCAUGUUCCAUUACAGUUAUGUCAUGAACACGGCAUUUGUUACGCUACAGGCACUACAAAAUCCAUUAUACCAUCGCAAUGGAACCCCCGCGAUGAACUACGGUGGCUUCGGCCUAUUUUACGCGUCUGAAAUGGUUAAGUCUUUCGAUGAAGAAGGCGUACGGUUCGUAGGCACGACGGAAAACAACGCUCAACUAAGCUGGUGGACCAACGCUAGCUCAGCAGCUUACAACUCCAGACUUAAUUGUAACGUCAAGAACAGCAGCCAAAGCAGAGUAUUUCCGUUCCUGCCAGCAUUGGCCGUAAGUUUCCGUGCCUACACGGAGGAAGUGAAUAGUGGGCGACAAGCAGACCUCCAACUAGCGCCACUUCCUGAGUUUUCUGGGAGACAAAUCUUCUUCAUGACCUAUUGCUUUUCGCUCUGUUCAAAGAGCCACAAUGAACGACAUGACUGCAAUUUUCCGCUGAUGAACUCUGAAGACUUCGCAGAGGCGUUUAAAUGCCCAUCGAAUUCUUUUAUGAACCCACCGCAAAAGUGCAAUUUCUUUGUUUAGAACCUCGAUCCAGACGCCAAGAAGGCAGUCAUGAACCACGCGGAGUCUCUUUACGUUCCGCAGUCGUCUGUGGAUUGGGUUCACGUCUCUUGACUGGUACGGCAUACUGUUUGCGUUACAAGUAAAGCAAAAUAUGAA